CUUGUCCAUGCGUUCUUUCUCUCCAGGCAGGUGUACGAGGCCUAUAGGAACGGUAAAGGGGAGGAGGCCAUGUCGUUUGGCUUUCUCUUCUUCCUCUUCAGUGGAGACUUGACUAGCUUUGCAGGCUGCUACCUCACCAGCCAGCUGCCUAUUCAGGUAAUCACAGUGGUGUUCUACAUCUUCACAGACCUGAUCCUCAUCUCCCAGUUUCUUUACUAUAAGAUCAAGAACAGCUCGAGCAGAAAAAGCCCCGUGCUGAAGUGGCUUUGCUUCAUGUGGUGCGGCUCUGCAUCAUUAGUCCUGCUGACUUUACCCAAACUCAUCGUAGACAACAGUGCUUCUUUAGACACCAAGAGUACC